GAUGUUUUACUGCACAAGGGUUUUUAGCGGAGCAAGUUUCACAUUUUGUCACUUUGUGACUCUUCAGUUUCAAAGACAGAGGAACAGAUAAAGCUCAGGAUGUGGCGUCUCUGUUUGCUGUGGUCUCUGCUGUCUGUCACCUGCGGCCGCCCGCAGCUCUCCACACACUCUCAUGAUGAAAUGAUCGACUUUAUCAACACGGCCAAGACCACGUGGACGGCAGGUGUGAACUUCCAGAACGUGAAGUACGAACAUCUGAAGUCUCUCUGCGGGACGAUGCUGAAGGGCCCGCUGCUGCCUGACACGGUGAAACAUGGCACCAACAUGAAGCUCCCGGUCAGUUUCGACGCGCGGACGGAGUGGCCCUUCUGUAAGACCCUCAGUCAGAUCCGGGAUCAGGGCUCCUGCGGCUCCUGCUGGGCGUUCGGCGCGGUCGAGGCCAUCUCCGAUCGCAUCUGCAUCCACAGCAAAGGAAACGUGUCUGUGGAGAUCUCAGCUGAAGACCUGCUGUCCUGCUGCCAACAGUGCGGCUUCGGGUGUUCUGGAGGUUUUCCGUCAGAGGCGUGGGAUUACUGGACUAAAUCCGGUCUGGUGACUGGAGGACUUUAUGGCUCUAACGUGGGUUGCAGACCGUACAGCAUCCAGCCCUGCGAGCAUCAUGUGAACGGGACGCGGCCGCCGUGCUCCGGAGAGCAGGACACACCUGAGUGUAACGCCGCCUGUAUUCCUCAGUACAGCGUCCCGUACAAACAGGACAAACACUUCGGAUAUAAAGCGUAUAACCUUCCCUCGGACCAGCAGCAGAUCAUGACUGAGCUGUACAGCAGCGGGCCGGUGGAGGCAGCCUUCACCGUCUAUGAGGACUUCCUGCUCUACAAGAGCGGUGUUUACCAGCACGUGAGCGGCUCUGAGCUCGGCGGACACGCUGUGAAGGUGCUGGGAUGGGGAGAGGAGAACGGGACGCCCUACUGGCUCGUGGCCAACUCCUGGAACUCCGACUGGGGCGACAACGGUUAUUUUAAGAUCCUGAGAGGCCGGGAUGAAUGUGGGAUUGAGAGUGAGAUGGUGGCUGGUGUUCCUCAGCUCUGAUCUCAACUCAUCAUUAAACGAGCUCAACAUCUGGAUUUACACGAUCAUCUCACUGCACGCCAUCAACAGAAAUAAAACUGGAUGUGUGUCUCAUUGCUGUGGUUAAUACUAAAAUUCUAAAAUCAUAUAUGACAAUUAUUAUUAAAAGCAAAACUGUCAUUGUGGUAAUGUGAAAAAUAAAGAUAUGUCAUUUACAUUUUA